ACAUUUCACCUUUUGUUCGUAAGUUGGUACAGUAGCUUCCGGAGAGGUAUUUCGAGCUAGUCGUUAUUUGAGCUCUAGUCUGCAGUAUGCCGAGACGCGGACCUUAGCAUGAGACCGUGCGUGCAUGUGUUUCUAAAUGGAGUGACCCUGCGCGCAGGUUAGGUCUACUUGACGGUCACAGCUUCAAGCUUUAGCGAUUAACGCUCGUCCUAAAAAGGGUUAGUUACCCGUAAAACUUAAGUAAAACCGCAGCUAUGGAGACGCCGGAGCGGCUCUUCCCGAACGCGAGCCGGUCCGACAUCAGAACGCGCUUCCACCUGGGCACGCAGCUGGGGCAGGGCGGCACGGGCGUAGUAACCGUAUGCAGCGACCUUCAAACGGGGAUACCCGUCGCGGCGUGCAAGAGCGUCCCGAAGUCAAAGCUCCAGCGGCGCGACGCGCUGGAGGAGCUGCAGCGCGAGGUGCACGCGAACCGGCGGGUGCGCGGGCACGCGCACGUGGUGGAGCUGCGCGGGCUGUACGAGGACGAGCAGGCGGUGCACCUCGUCAUGGACCUCUGCAAGGGCGGCGACCUCUACGACUUCCUCAUCGCGCGCUCGCCCGUCGCAGAGCCCGUCGCAGCCGAAAUCGCCAGGCAAGUGCUGCUCGCGCUGGCGCACUGCCACUCGGUGGGCGUGAUGCAUCGUGACAUCAAGCCGGAGAACAUCCUCCUCGCCGCGCCCGCCGACGGCUCCAGCCGCCUGCACCUCAAGCUCGCGGACUUCGGGCUCGCCGUGCUGCUGCGCCCGGGGCAGCGCGCCGUGGGCAUGUACGGCAGCGCCAUCUACAUGUCGCCCGAGGUCGUGUGCCGCCGCCCGUACGGCCACGCCGUCGACCUGUGGGGGCUGGGCGUUAUUGUCUACCUGGCGCUCGCGGGGUACAUGCCGUUCUGGGGGAGCACGGACGAGGAGCUCUUUCUGCGCAUCCUCCGCAACUCCCCCGACUUCCGCGCCGACCCCUGGCCGCGCGUGUCCCCGCAGGCGGUCGACUUCAUCCGCUCGCUCCUCCGCUCCGACCCCGCGCACCGCCCCUCCGCGCUAGCCGCGCUGCAGCACCCCUGGAUCGUGCAGCACUGCGGCGGCCCCGCCGUUUCCCCCACUCCCGCGGUUUCUGCCGAGCCAAUGCCCGGCAUGACGCCCAAGGCGCCCGCGGCUGCGCGGAAGUCAGCGGCAGCGGGGGAGAACGGGGUGAAGGCGCACGCGGAGGCAGGCAAGGCGCAGCACUUGCCGCGCGCGGGUAGCACCGAUGCGGGCGGGGAAGGGGCGGUAAUUGCGCCCCUGGCGACCCUCAACAAGAUCCGCGUGGGUAGCGCGGGGCAAGCAGCGGGGCAGACAGCCGCGCACCAGGGCAGAGCAAUGGACGUCGAUCCCGACCACUCAGCCCUCCCUGCUUCCGCCGCAUCCGCCGGUUCCGCCGGUUCCGCCAUGGCCGCGCCCAUGAAGCAGGCUCGGCAAGCGCCCGCGGGCGCGGGCGCGCAGCGGAAGUGGCCAGCGCAGCAGGCGGGAACGGCGCAAGCGCAAGCGGAAGGCGGGGAGGAGGUGAAGCCGAUGCAGCGGCAGCGGCGAACGAUUCAGCCACGCGCGCAUCGCGAGGGGCGGGCGACGACCAAGUCCACGAGGGGCGCGUCCGCCGCAGAGCAGCAGGUGCGCGGACGGCCGCGGCACCGCGAGACCGCAACAGCAACAGCGCCGCCCCGCGAGGCGGGCGCCAUGGACGUGGACGAGCCGCCGCCGCCGCCGCAGCCGCCACAGUCGAACCACCCACCGCACGUGCCGCCGCCAAUCCAGGUCCCGCCAGCCAGCAGCUCGGCGCAAUCGCAGUUGCAGCAGUCACAGACGCCCAGCAGCUCGCAGGCCGCCACGCCCACUGCGCCGUCCUCUCGUCCCCGCGCGUCCCACUUCCGCUUCUUCUCCCCCAAGCGCAAAUCGCGCGCCGCAACUAACGUCACAGUCGCCGACGCGCCCUCGGGCGACUCGACCCCGAUGUCCAUCCCAGGCACUCCCACGUACCUUCCGCUCGACUCGCCCUCCGCAUCCUCCGCCGCAGGAGGCGGUGACUCGAGCCGCGCCUCGUCGUCCUUCAUGGACGCAGCGCCCUCGUGCUUCCCGGUUUUCCGGCGCCAAUCGUCUUCCUCCUCCACGCCUCGGUCCCGCACCGCCAAGCCGUCAGUCAUCACUGUUCCGCUUCGCGUCCCGGCAUCUGCCACGUCACCGUCGGAAGUCACAACGGUCGACAUCCCCUGCAUCAAGACCGAGCCGCCUCUCGACCCAACCAAGCAGCCGCCGCCCUUACCUGAGCUGCAGGCUCGGCUGUCCCAACCCGACGGCUCCCUCCCCGUGCCGGAGCUCCUCUCCUACCUCCGCCCGCGCAACUCCUCCCCCCGCCGCGCCCCCGCGGCCUCCGCGGACGACUCCCCCGCGGCUUCCUCCGCCGCCCCCAAGCGCGGCUUCGCGAAGCCCGCGUGGAUGGAGGCGAUCCGCGCCGCCAAGCCAGACGACUCGCUGGCGGGGCACGGCAGCGGCGCAAGUGGCGCCGCAACCGGCGGGCUCUCGGCAGGGAUGGACGCGCGGCGGGCGUCGAGCCAGUUCCUCGCGUCGCACCCGGCGCGCAAGCCGGCGGCGAGCGCAGGGUUGGCGGCGAACGGUAGCGGCAGUGCUGGUGAGAAGGGCAGCAGCGGCCGUUGCGGCGCGUCGACGAGGACGCUGGAGCAACUAGAUUUGGAGAAGCUCGGGCAGCACGGGCAGAAGAAAAAGGUCCAGUCCCCUGCCACGCGUCCCAUGCAGCCGCCCGAGUCGCCCAGGUCCAUCCCUCUGGACGCGCGCCCGUCGCCCAAGUCCUCCGCCUCCCCCUCGUCGCUCGUCGACCCGCGCCAGUCCCCGCGCCUAUCAUCUCCGCGCAACCCGCGCGCGGGGGGGAAGCUCGUCCCUCCCCUGGUGCUCCCCAUGCGCGGAAGCGGCGAGGCGGAAAAGGAAAAGAGCCUUCGCAGGCGGGAAACAUCCCAGAGAGCCGCCGGAAUCGGCGAGGGCGCAGGGAGCGCGCGCGGGGAUGGCGGCGGCGGAAGCACAGGCGCGAGCGCGAGCGUGGGGGGGGAGGAGAGCGCGUAUCUGAGCUGCAAGUCCCCCAGCGCGAGCAGCAGCGCGAGCAGCGUGACGGAGGGGUGGUCCCCCUUUAUGAGCAGCGCCAGCAGCGUCAGCGGCAGCAGCAACGCCGGCAGCGGGGGUAGCAGCCCGUACCACGGGGAGGCGGUGACGCCAGCGCUGACGUCAGUGCUGAAGAUGCGGGCAAUGGUGAGGGUGCCGGUGGGGGGGAGUGCGGGGCAAAUGGGGGGGCAUGUUGAAGGGGGAGGAGGAGGAGGGCACAUGAUGGCGUCAGCAUCAGUGAAAUCGGUGUCGUCAGCCGCACAUCCAAGCCAACAUGCGCCAGCAGGGGCGGAGGAGGGAGUGAGGAGCGGAGAGCACCACAGCCAGAGCCAGUGCCAGAGCCAGAGCCAGGGACCGCGGAAGGCGCGAGGGCUGGGGUCUAUAGUGCGGGCCUUUGCUGCUCUCUCCACAGCCCAGCCUGAUGCUGCUCCCUCUGCUGGGGGUAACGGUGUAACCACUGCUGGCAGCAAGUCUGCUUCUGUGCCUGUCACACCCGUCCGCAACCCCUUCAGUGGUCAGAACUCAUCAUUAUCAUCAUCUGCCAAGUCAGCGUCAGCGCACGCAGCGAGUCUCCGCCUUGCUGGUGCCACGACAGCAGGGCCCCGUGCGUCUGCCAGUGUGGCUGCUGCAGCGGCAGCAGCGUCUGCCAAUGUGGGUGGUUCAGCUGCAGCUGCUGCUGCUGCUGCUGCUGCGGGCUACUCCACCGGUUCUGCACCUGCCUUCAGGCCGCCGGUGCCCAAGUGGGGCAGUGAAGUGGCGGGCAGUGGCCUGGCCGGUGGAGGGAAGGGAGGAGUGCUGGCUGAAGCGAGAGCGCUAAUCAAGCAGCGCAAGCAACUGCAACUGCAGCAGCAGCAGCAGCAGGGAGACGGGAUGCAUGUGGCACCUGGGAUGGUGGGGUUGGCACCAGGAGGCACGUGGCUUGCCACUAGGUGAUGUGCAUGACAGCAUGGCGGCAUGGGGACAUGGUGGCAUGGGGACAUGGUGGCAUGGGGGCAUGGGGGCAUGGGGGGGAUGAUAGGGGUGAUAGGAGAUGGGGAUUGUAUGGUGCGGUAUGCUUGUGUGAACAGCACUUGAUUAGGAGCUCUUGCCUGCUAACGUUCUAGUUAGGAAUUGCAUACUACUGUAGUUGAUUUCCUUGCUCCGGAUGUGCUAACAGUAGAAUAGCAAGUUGAUUGUGAAAGUCAGAUUGAGAGUUGAAUAGAGCAUGGUGCUGCCUCAAAUCCAACCUGUGCAGAGCCUGGGGGGCUAUGGGCGCACUUACCCGCUAUUCAACAAGCCCUUUUAACCCAGUGGUUAGUGACUGGGUUUCUGACAGUCCGCACAUUAAGUUCACGUCUUACAGUUUACCGUUGCUCGAUAGUUCAAGGCGGUGAAUCGCAAGAAUUGUACCCAACCGUGAGAUACCAAACUGGGCGCGCCCUCCGUGAGCAUGAGUACUAACCACCAGG